AUGGCGCGGGGCGGCUACGGGAGGCGCAAGGUGACGCCGAACCUGGCGGCGGACCGGGAGGGCACGCGGCUGCUCAACCUCACCGUGCUGCGCCGCCUCGACCCCGCCGUCGCCGACAUCCUCAUCACCGCCGCGCACGUCACCGCCUACACCUUCGACACGACCAACACCCAAUGGAGCCGGAAGGGCGUGGAGGGGUCGCUCUUCGUCGUCAAGAGGAAUACCCAACCCAGAUUCCAAUUUGUCAUCAUGAAUCGUCGAAAUAUAGAAAAUCUGGUUGAAGAUCUCUUGAGCAGUUUUGAAUACCAGGUGCAAAAUCCUUACAUAAUAUACAGAAAUGCUGCAGACGAAGUUACUGGAAUUUGGUUCUAUGAUCCUGAGGAAUGUGAAGAAGUGGCACAACUUUUCAGUAGGAUACAUAAUGCAUUUUCCAGGGCGUCCCCAAAGGAAAUAGUUUCAUCAACUAAAAGGUAUUUGAAAACUUAAUGCUUUCCUGUUUACCUUGUAAUACA